AUGUCUCAUGAAGAUCAUUUUAUAAACUUGAAAAAAAAAAAUGAUAUAUAUACGGAAGUAGAUAAUGAAAACAAUACUGAUAAUAAUCACUAUGAAAACAAUGAUAAUGUGCACAACAAUACAAAAAUUACUACCACAAAUUUUGAUAUUUUGGAAACGCAUAAGGAGAAUAUAAUACCUCUUAGACAAGGUAGAUCAGCAUCUCAAUUAGCAGCGACCUUCAACUAUGAAAACAAUGAAAACGCUAACAAUAAUAAAGAAAUUAUUUUACAAAAAAUUAGAUCUGAUUUUGAACUUAGAAUACAUCGCGACCUAGAAUCAAUGGAUGAUCCAUUGCAACUAUAUUUAGAUUACAUAAAUUGGAUUAAUGAAAGCUAUCCAGAAGGCGUUAAAUCAAAAAACAGUGGAAUGUUGGAUGUUUUAGAACAAUGUUUAAGUUUUUUCCAAGAUUGGGAGAUUUAUUCAAAUGAUCCCAGAUUUAUUAAGUUAUGGAUAUGGUAUAUUGAAAUAUUUUACUGCAUCAGAAAAAAUAGUUAUGAUUUAGAAGGAAAGUUAAAUACGUUUAUGUUUAUGAAAAGACAUUCAUUAGGUACAAAAUUAGCCUUUUUUUAUGAGAAUUAUGCUACAGUAUUAUGGGAUAUUGGCAAUUUUAAAGAAGCAUUAGAUAUUUUACAACAAGGUAUAGACUUAAAAGCGAUACCUAUUUCAAGAUUAAAGAAGAAUUACCAGGCUUUUUCAGAAAAUUUUCAAAAAAUCUUAGAUAGACCCUCUACUGCCAAUAGCAGAAAUAAUGGUUUGCAUAUUUUAGGUCAAGAUAGGGAGAAUGUUAUAAAGAGAAGAGAGGCACCAGUUACCAGCAUAACGAAUAAUCAAGAAAUUAGUAAUAAAACAUCUUCUAUAUAUAGAGAUGAUGGAACCAAUAAUUUUACAACCAAUACUCCACUUAAGAAUUGGAACGUUUUUGAAAAAAGAGAAAAUCAAAAUAAAGAAAAUCAAUUAAAAAAAGAGUCAUUGGUGCAUGGAAAGAAAAUAGAGCCAUUACAACAAGUGGCUUUGUCUGAUAAUUGUGAUAUACCUACCGUCUCAACUUCUAAUGUUCUUAAUAGGUUAGAGGGUAAAAUUCCUAUUUUCGAUGAUAAACUCAAUUCUUAUCAACCUGUUUACAAAAUACUAGAUGUUCCUGGCAAGAAAAUGGAGAGGAUUGAUUGUAAUUAUAAUUUACUUUAUUCCAAUGCUAGUGGUAAUAAAGAAGAGUUUUGUUUAGAAGAAAUAUUGGCAAUUAGUAGAAAUUGUUAUACGAAGAACUCUGAUGAAGAAAAGGAAGAAACGUUAUUACUGAUAUCGUCGUCUUUAGAUUCAAAUACUAAGAUUAAUGAUGAAAAUAUGUCUCAAAGGGACGACAAAAAAAGAAUGCACGAUUCAGAGUUAAAAAUUGAAAAUAAUAGUUUUUUAAUAACCAAUAAGAAAAAGAAGAAAGGUAAUAAUGCAUUAAAAGAGAAAAAAAUACCUUUAACAGAAUAUAAACAAAUCACACAUACUUCAACUUUACCAUUAAAGGGCAGUAGUGGCAGUAAUAAUAAUAAUAAUAAUAAUAAUAAUAAUAUUCAAUUUACUCAAGAAGAUCCCACUUUCCAUAUGAAUCUUAAGCCAUCAACACCACCAGAGACUCAUAAUGCCAAGAAUAAUUAUAUACAAAAAUCCCCCACCAUCACUAUGUUUUCCAAAAACGCUAUGAAUGAAGUUUAUUCAAUGUUUAAUCAAUCUGUUGGUGGAAAUCAAAAAGAACAACUGUUAUACCCUGGUUAUGAUACUAGUGUUAGCACCAACAUGAAUGGAAUUGAAGAUAAUAAUACAGAAAGAAGAUUUGAAAUGUAUGAAAAUUUCACGCAAGAUUUAACAAGGAAAACAAUGGAUGAUUUGACCGAAGUAAAAGUUAUCGAUCCAAUAAUAAAAAAGACGACUGGUUCUCAAGAUGCUUCUAAAUCACUAAAGCAAAUAAGCAAAGGCAGUAAAUUGAAAACCUUUAUGACUCCAAUUGAUAAUAAGAAUAUUUUAGAGAAUUUCAAAGGCAUAAAUGAUAUCGAGAACAGAAAGACGCCAACAGCAGCAGCAGCAUCUUCUUAUGCGACAAAUAUAAUUGAGGAUCCGUUGAACGAAUCUUUCCGUAAGCAUUUAUUAAACGAAGCAAAAUUGAAAAAUUUACCUAACUUUUACCAGUAUGAGCAAGAUUUAAAAAUGAGUCAAGUUUUGAAAAGAAUUCACAGUAAAUCCAAAAAAUUAGCCAAUAAAAAUCCCAUAGUGAAUUUCCAGAAGACUAACGAGCUAUAUUGUAUCAGAAGUGAGCUAGGUAAAGGUGGUUAUGCAGUGGUAUACUUGGCUGAAAGUAGUAAUGGCUCGUUAAAGGCUUUAAAAGUGCAAAAGCCGGCCAGUGAAUGGGAAUUUUACAUAUUAAAGCAGAUUGAAAAUAGGUUAAGCGCCAAAGAUUUUAUCUUGAAUAGUAUUAUCUAUGUUGAUUCGUUACACUGUUUUAGAGACGAAAGCUAUUUGGUAUUAAAUUAUAUCAGCCAAGGUACCUUGUUAGAUUUAAUUAACAUUCAUAAAACUGAGAGGGGUGAAAGUUGUCUCAAUGAACUGCUUUGCAUGUUUUUCACUAUUGAACUUUUAAAGGUAUUGGAAUCUUUACAUGAUGUUGGUAUCAUCCAUGGUGAUUUAAAACCUGAUAAUUGCAUGGUCAGAUUCAUAAAAGUUGCAGGGGAUAUUUUGGGUGAUUACAAUUCAAACAACCAAAACGGUUGGCAAAAUAAAGGUAUUUAUUUAAUUGAUUUCGGAAGAUCUUUUGACUUGUCACUUUUCCCAAUGGGCACCAAAUUUAAAGCUAAUUGGAAAUGUGACCAACAGGAUUGCAUAGAAAUGAGAACUGGAACACCUUGGAGUUAUGAAGCUGAUUAUUACGGCCUGGCAGGUAUUAUACAUUCGAUGUUAUUUGGUGAAUUUAUUGAAACUAUUGAAAUAGCUGGGUCUCAAAAUAAUAACACUGGAUUUUAUAAGUUAAAAAAUGGGUUUAAAAGGUAUUGGCAAAAGCAACUAUGGGAGCCAUUGUUUGAUCUGUUACUAAACAGUGGCAAGAAGGAAUUACCAAGAACAUCCGAAUUAAUGCAAUGCAGACAGAAUAUGGAAAAUUUUUUAACUGACAAGGAAAAUGGUAAUAAAUUGAAGAGUAUUAUAUUAGGACUAGAACCUGAUUUAGUUUAUAAAUUGAAAUCAGAUUAA